AUGAAUAGUGGUAUUUGCCAGGAUCCAGGGUCUAUGCCUAGACUUCCGUCAUUCCGUCAAUUGAAUGAGACAUUGAAAGAUUCUGAAUUUGUCUCACCAGCACAAAGAGUUGUGCAAUAUUCAUCAUCAGUUAGAAAUUCAGCAACGCACGAACUAAGUCAGCCUGUUCCACCACCAAGCUCGUCCACAGAAGCAAACUCGAAAGAACGUUCGUUUAUUCAUGGUCAAGAGUACAUGUAUGGGACCCCCAUUUAUGGUAGACACGAGAGUUUUCCUAAUCAAUACUAUGUAACCAAAACAGAAGCCAACUUACCAUCCUAUUCAACAUCGCCGUCUUCCAUUGAAAGUUUGGAUAUGUCCAAGGUGGAACAAGAUCUGGGUCAGCAACACAAGGAUGAGGACUACAAGUUCAUUUCUGAGUUAGCAAAAUUUUUGAUCGACCUUGAACUGAAAUGCAAGGAAAUCAAUGUCUUGCUGUACUACACUUACGGCAAUAGCAGCAACUCUUUUGAAAGUGUCGCGAAGAGAAUGAAAUGUGGAGACAUUGAUCAGGUGUUGAAUAAUCUUCGAAAAGUUUCUGAGCUAUUGGAGGACAUUAAGCGAGAUAAAAAUGAGAAUCAUCGUUUAACAGGAUCAAAGGUUACAAAAGUGUUGAAAGAUGGAGGCGGGCAUACUUUAAAAAGACAUUCGAGCCACCAUUUGCUGCCCAGGUAUGAACAGUCCAAAAUUCGAAAAAAGAGUUUGAAAAUGGAGUCUCGAUUGAGUACAAUCGAUCCAAUGCAACAUGAUGGUAUUGGCAUGCCUUCGAAUGAUGCUUGUUUGUAUUUCGAGGGCAAGAACAAUUUUGAAUCAGGGAGGAUUGACCACGACUCGAGUCUUAAGCCAGAAAUUGUUUGUCAGCACUGUCGAUCGAAAGAGACGCCAGAGUGGAGGAGAGGUCCUGAAGGCAGCAGGACUUUGUGCAAUGCAUGUGGGUUAUUCUAUUCUAAAUUGAUUAAAAAAUAUGGAUUACAUGAGGCAGACAAAAUCAUGCUUGAACGGAAGCAGACAGGUUCAGUAAAUGAUAGAAGAAUCUUUUAG